GUGAAUUGUGUUGUGUAAAUUUUGAUUGAUUUGGAUUUCAUAUAAUACUAUUAAUAGGUUAUUAGGUAAACGUCCAAUUUUAAAGCUCCCAAACCACACUAACACUGUAUCAGAAACUUGGUAUGCAACAUUGGUGAUUGAAACAAAAUGCCUAAAAUGAAGAGAAAAUCAAGGAGUCAAAGAAAUUUGGAAAACAAGCUACAUAAGAGACGUCAAAGACACUUAGCAAAGUUAGCCUUACUGUCAAAACAUGCGAAACAGACCACUGAAAUAGGAACCCAAAUACAAAUAUUUGACACAAAUGAAAUGGUUACAUCUCCUGAUCAUACUAAUAACCAGCCAACACCGAUUCAUAGCAAUGAUAACAGUCAAAAUGAAUACCAGCCAACACUGAUUUAUAGCAAUGAUACCAGUCAAAGUGAAUACAAGCCAACACUGAUUUAUAGCAAUGUUAACAGUCGAUGUGAAUACCAGCCAACACUUAUUCAUAGCAAUGAUUACAGUCAAAGUGAAUACCAGCCAACACCGAUUAAUAGCAAUGAUAACAGUCAAAAUGAAUACAAACCAACACUGAUUUAUAGCAAUGAUACCAGUCAAAUUGAAUACAAGCCAACACUGAUUUAUAGCAAUGUUAACAGUCGAUGUGAAUACCAGCCAACACUUAUUCAUAGCAAUAAUUACAGUCAAAGUGAAUACCAGCCAACACUGAUUUAUAGCAAUGAUGACAGCCAAAUUGAACACCAGCCAACACUGAUUCAUAGCAAUGAUAACAGUCGAAGUGAAUACCAGCCAACACUGAUUCAUAGCAAUGAUAUCAGUCAAAGUCAAUACCAGCCAACACUGAUUCAUAAUAAUGAUAACAGUCAAAGUGAAUACAAGCCAACACUGAUUCAUAGCAAUGUUAACAGUCAAAGUGAAUCCUCACAAACACAUAUAUAUGUAUAUGGAGAUGAACCUUUAACCUGUGGCAUAUGUUGUAAAGGGUUUAAUCAAAUGAGACUCUUACGCGUACAUAUGAGAACACACAAUGAAGACCAACCUCAUAAAUGUGAUAUUUGUUCUAAAGAGUUUAAGGGAAAGAAAAAAUUCCAGAUACAUAUGAGAACACACACAGGAGAACAACCUUAUAAAUGUGAUAUUUGUUCAAAAGGUUUUAUUGGAGAGACAAAAUUACAGUUACAUAUGAGAACACACACAGGAGAAAAUCUUUAUAAAUGUGAUAUUUGUUGUAAAGCUUUUGGAUGUAGAACCUCCUUAACAAGACAUAGGAACAAACAUCAUGGUCAUCUACAGAGCCAAAUAGAACUAAGCGACCAAAAAGUUGCAGCAUUAAAAAACAAACUACGGGAAUUUUUCAGAAAAAGUAUUGGAAAAAAACCUGAUGAAUCUGGUGAAGUUAACACGAUGGCUAAUGUCAGAAAUGUUUUUGCCAAUGGUCAGGAUCCAACAGGAACUAAAACUGCAAAUGAACAAAACAAAUAUAUUGUGAAUGAUAAAAGCUUUAGUCAAGAUAAACAGUCAUUACUAAAUAAGAGGAAAGAGACUUCUGAUAACUUACCUUUUACAUGUGAGAUAUGUGGUAAAGGGUUUAAGGGAGAGAUAAGAUUACAAGUACAUAUGAGAACGCACACUGGAGAAACACCUUAUAAAUGUGAUAUUUGUUUUAAAGGGUUUACUCAAAGGUGCACCUUAGCUAACCAUAUGAAAAUACAUGCUGUUCAUUGUAAAGUAUGUGAUUUUGCAAAUUGCCAAUGUCAUUUACAGAAAUACUCGCCAAAAGGUGAAUUUGCUGCAUCAAAAAACAUACUACGAAAGUUUUUAGUAAAACAAACGGAAAUUAAACCUGAUAAACAUAGUGUAAAUAACACAAUGGCUAAUGUCAGUAAUCAUUUAAGCAAUGAUCAGGAACCUAAAAGAACCGAAACCUGUGGCAUAUGUUGUAAAGAGUUUAAGGGAAAGAAAGUAUUCCUGAUACAUAUGAGAACACACACAGGAGAACAACCUUAUAAAUGUGAUAUUUGUUCUAAAGGGUUUAUUGGAGAGACAAAAUUACAGUUACAUAUGCGAACACACACUGGAGAAAAACCUUAUAAAUGUGAUAUUUGUUGUAAAGCUUUUGGCCGUAGAACCUCCUUAACUAGACAUAGGAACAUACAUCAUGUACAUCAUGGUCAUCUACAGAGCCAAAUACCAAAAAGGGACAUAAGAAUUAAUGCAGCAUCAAAAAACAAACUACGGGAGUAUUUCAGAAAAAAUACCGGAAAAAAACCUGAUAAAUCUGGUGUAGAUAUGUAUUUUAGAAAUGUUGUUGACAAUGGUCAGGAUCCCACAGGAACUAAAACUUCAAAUGAACAAAAUAUAUGUGUUGUGAAUGAUAAAAGCUUUAGUUUAGAUAAACAGUCAUUACUACCUAAGAGGAAAGAGACUUCUGAUAACUUACCUUUUACAUGUAAGAUAUGUGAUAAAGGGUUUAAGGGAGAGAUAAGAUUACAAGUACAUAUGAGGACACACACUGGAGAAACACCUUAUAAAUGUGAUAUUUGUUCAAAAGGUUUUAUUGGAGAGACAAAAUUACAGUUACAUAUGAGAACACACACAGGAGAAAAUCUUUAUAAAUGUGAUAUUUGUUGUAAAGCUUUUGGAUGUAGAACCUCCUUAACAAGACAUAGGAACAAACAUCAUGGUCAUCUACGGAGCCAAAUAGAACUAAGCGACCAAAAAGUUGCAGCAUUAAAAAACAAACUACGGGAAUUUUUCAGAAAAAGUAUUGGAAAAAAACCUGAUGAAUCUGGUGAAGUUAACACGAUGGCUAAUGUCAGAAAUGUUUUUGCCAAUGGUCAGGAUCCAACAGGAACUAAAACUGCAAAUGAACAAAACAAAUAUAUAGUGAAUGAUAAAAGCUUUAGUCAAGAUAAACAGUCAUUACUAAAUAAGAGGAAAGAGACUUCUGAUAACUUACCUUUUACAUGUGAGAUAUGUGGUAAAGGGUUUAAGGGAGAGAUAAGAUUACAAGUACAUAUGAGAACGCACACUGGAGAAACACCUUAUAAAUGUGAUAUUUGUUUUAAAGGGUUUACUCAAAGGUGCACCUUAGCUAACCAUAUGAAAAUACAUGCUGUUCAUUGUAAAGUAUGUGAUAUUGCAAAUUGCCAAUGUCAUUUACAGAAAUACUCGCCAAAAGGUGAAUUUGCUGCAUCAAAAAACAUACUACGAAAGUUUUUAGUAAAACAAACGGAAAUUAAACCUGAUAAACAUAGUGUAAAUAACACAAUGGCUAAUGUCAGUAAUCAUUUAAGCAAUGAUCAGGAACCUAAAAGAACCGAAACCUGUGGCAUAUGUUGUAAAGAGUUUAAGGGAAAGAAAGUAUUCCUGAUACAUAUGAGAACACACACAGGAGAACAACCUUAUAAAUGUGAUAUUUGUUCUAAAGGGUUUAUUGGAGAGACAAAAUUACAGUUACAUAUGCGAACACACACUGGAGAAAAACCUUAUAAAUGUGAUAUUUGUUGUAAAGCUUUUGGCCGUAGAACCUCCUUAACUAGACAUAGGAACAUACAUCAUGUACAUCAUGGUCAUCUACAGAGCCAAAUACCAAAAAGGGACAUAAGAAUUAAUGCAGCAUCAAAAAACAAACUACGGGAGUAUUUCAGAAAAAAUACCGGAAAAAAACCUGAUAAAUCUGGUGUAGAUAUGUAUUUUAGAAAUGUUGUUGACAAUGGUCAGGAUCCCACAGGAACUAAAACUUCAAAUGAACAAAAUAUAUGUGUUGUGAAUGAUAAAAGCUUUAGUUUAGAUAAACAGUCAUUACUACCUAAGAGGAAAGAGACUUCUGAUAACUUACCUUUUACAUGUAAGAUAUGUGAUAAAGGGUUUAAGGGAGAGAUAAGAUUACAAGUACAUAUGAGGACACACACUGGAGAAAUACCUUAUAAAUGUGCACCUUAG